CUCACUCCCGAAACGGCAUCGUUCAGCCGGCUCCGAGGGAGGGGGAAGGAAGCCGGACGGGAGAAGAGAACCGCAUUUUCAACUCUGCAAGAGAGAUUGACUGCCUUCUCUAUCGGAAGAAACGCGCAAUCUUUUGAGGUUGCAGCUUGCUGCUGAAUUUCUUUCAUUUGUUCUUCUUGGUGGUGGUAAAAUGAAUGUGGAGAGUCACGACAAGAAGAAAGAGUAUGCUGCUGAUAUUUCAUCCAUCAAGGAAGCACGGCUACGAAUCGAGCCUUUCAUCCAUCAAACCCCAGUUUUGACUUCUGAGUCUAUUAAUGCUGCUUCAGGAAAACAACUUUUCUUCAAAUGUGAAUGUUUCCAGAAGGGUGGAGCUUUCAAAUUCAGAGGUGCCUGCAAUGCUAUAUAUUCACUUGAUGAUGAUGAGGCUGCUAAAGGGGUUGUGACUCACAGCAGUGGCAACCAUGCCGCAGCUUUGUCUUUGGCUGCAAAACUUCGAGGGGUCCCUGCAUAUAUAGUUGUACCAGAAAAUGCUCCCAAAUGUAAAGUUGAAAAUGUGGUACGUUAUGGUGGUCAGGUUAUUAGGAGCGGAGAUGCGAUAUGGUCAAGGGAGACGACUGCCACGAAGGUUAUGCAAGAAACUGGUGCGGUUCUCAUACACCCAUAUAACGACGGGCGCAUAAUGAGCGGGCAAGGUACGAUCUCUUUGGAGCUUCUGGAACAAGUCCCUCAACUAGACACUUUAAUCGUUCCCAUAAGCGGUGGCGGUUUGAUAUCAGGAAUUUCAGUGGCUGCAAAAGCCAUCAAUCCUGCCAUCCGGAUUUUUGGUGCAGAACCUAAGGGAGCUAACGAUGCAGCCAUGUCAAAAGCGGCUGGUAAGAUAGUAACACUGGCAGAGACCAACACCAUAGCCGAUGGUCUUCGAGCUUUUCUUGGUGACCUUACUUGGCCCGUAGUUCGAGAUUUGGUCGAGGAUAUAAUAACCGUGGAGGAUGGGGAGAUAGUUGAAGCCAUGAGAGUUUGUUAUGAAGUGCUGAAAGUUGUUGUGGAACCAAGUGGGGCAAUAGGCCUCGCUGCUGUUCUCUCUGAUGGUUUCAAGCAAAACCCUUCAUGGAAGGACUGCAACCAUAUAGGGAUUAUACUUUCAGGAGGUAAUCUUGACCUUGGUAUGCUAUGGAAUUCAUACGAAAAAUGAUGCUCGAUUCUAGAUUGUCUCUGCUUUUCGUGUGAGCCAUCUAUUUGAUGAUUCAAUUCCCUGCUUUAUGAUGUGAAGUAAUAUUAUGGUCGCUCGCCUUGGUGAACAUUGAACAGGAAGUGCUGCAAUUUUUUUCUUUUUAACUUUCAAGAUGGAAAAAGCUUAUUUUUUCACUUUCUCAAACUUGGGAAUGCCUGGAGUGACUUUUGAUGCCUUAAUCAAUUAACUAUGUUUAGAUUGAUGCAAUUGUAAAUCUUUAUAUAGUUAUAAGUUGCUUUUGAAAGAUUGUUUAUAUGUUUGAACUUGAAUUUUAACACGCCAACAAUAAUAUGGACUUGAAAGUACCUUAA